UCCGAGGUAAUCUACCAGAACUACUUCUUCUCCUCCCUCUUUAUUCACAAACCAACCAAUAAGCCUAAACUAACCAAAACUUUCUUCUCUUUCUUCGUGCAAAAACAUAGCAGAAAUGAAAAGGAAAGAUCGAUAAAUAUAGUUCACUAAUUUUCUCAAGAAACUGCAAAAAGUUCAAAAACCAAUAAAUUCUAUCAGUCCUUACUUAUAACUCCAUUGCAGCCAUGAAAACAGAACGAAAAAUACCAAAGUCUUCGUGGACUAAAGUGGUGGUUAGGAAAUGGUUGAAUAUGAAAAGCAAAUCGGAGGAAUUUUAUUCAGAUCAUAUUGUAGAUGGGAUGGGUAGAGGAGAAAGAAGAAGGAAGAGUUGCUCAGACGAUGGGAGUUGUGUUGUGGUGCCGGAGGAAUUGUCAGAAAGUUGGUUGAUGGAAACAAAUGAUGGAAUAAUUCAACGGCCAAUAUUGGAGAAAGAGGCAUCCACUGUCACUGAUCUUCAAAACCUUAGGAUGUUCGUGGGGACAUGGAAUGUAGGAGGCAAGUCACCACACGAUGGGUUGAACUUAGAGGACUGGUUGAAUUCCACUGCACCAGCUGACAUCUAUGUGCUUGGGUUCCAGGAAAUUGUCCCUCUAAAUGCAGGCAAUGUACUAGGUCCAGAGGACAGUGGUCCAGCUGCCAAGUGGCUUUCGUUGAUUCGUCAAUCUUUGAACAACAACACAAACAUCACUAAUAACACCCCAAAUUCCGAGCGAAAAAGUUCAUCCCCGUCCUUCCAUGACUUGCACCAACAACAAUCUAACCUUAAACCAAGAAUCAGCUUCUCAGAUUUGAUCAAAUUGGAAAAUGAACUCGAGCGAGAAGAUUGGGAGAGACUCUUGAGUAUGAAUGACGAUGGAUCGCCCAGUCCAAAUUGCAUGUCAAAUAGAUAUAACUCUUCUAGCCCUGAGCAAAAUAGAUAUUGCUUAGCUGCAAGCAAACAAAUGGUUGGUUUAUUUCUAUGCAUAUGGACUCGUACCGACUUGUAUCGACACAUUAGCAACUUGAAGGUUUCUUGUGUUGGAACGGGCAUCAUGGGCUAUCUUGGAAAUAAGGGUUCAAUAUCGAUCAGUAUGACAUUGCAUCACAAGACAUUUUGUUUCGUUUGUACUCAUUUGGCAUCCGGAGAGAAAGAAGGUGAUGAGGUUAAAAGAAAUUCAGAUGUCAUGGAAAUUUUAAAGAAAACAAAGUUUUCACAUAGUAGGAUUAUUGGAAAACCUCUUCCUCCUGAUAAUAUUUUGGAUCAUGACAAGAUAAUUUGGCUUGGAGAUUUGAAUUACCGACUUGCAUCCGGUUGCGAGGAUACCUACGAGUUGGUAAACAACAGUAACUGGGAAGUACUUCUAGAAAAAGAUCAGCUAAGGAUAGAGCAAAAAGCAGGACGAGUAUUCAAAGGUUGGAAAGAAGGAAAUAUUUACUUUGCUCCAACGUAUAAAUAUCUCUACAAUUCUGACCAUUAUGUCGUUCAAACUUGCACAUCAAAGGAAAAGCGGCGGACUCCUGCCUGGUGUGACAGGAUAUUAUGGAAAGGUGAAGGACUAAAACAAAUAUGUUAUGUUAGAGGAGAAUCAAAGUUCUCAGAUCACAGACCAGUCUAUUCACUUUUCUCAGUAAAUAAUUUAAUAGAAAAGUACCAAAGCGAAAAAGAAUAUUUCACUACCCUUUAGUCCAAAACCCAGAAAUUCUUCAACAAAGUAUGUGUACAGCACUAUAAGGUUUCUCAGUCACAGCUGAAAAUUGGACAGACCAAUAGGGGAAGCCCAGCUCUGGCUUUCGGACCAAUGACAAUCUGACACGUGGCCGGUUUUGGACAUUGAGUAUGGUAUUUUUAGAAUUGUCACGGGCGGGUCACGCAUGCUCGGUGACAGGCAUGCUCUGUUGUUGACACGUGGUAUCUCCUUGGUUGAGAAAUGAAGCUCAGCUCUUGCCGGAAAUUUUCCCUCUAUAAUUCUUUUGUUUGUUUUUGGUGCUUAGGCCUAAAGAAAUGUAAAGAGGAGUUUCUUAUAUUGGUUGAAGAACUUGAGGGAAGAUGUGUAUCUAUCUAGCCUCUCGUCAAUUUUGUAAGCUCAAUAUUUUUUUGCUUCUUUAAAUGAAAAUGUCUUCACCUUUUAUGUGUUCA